GGCUGGAGCCCGGAUGCGGAGCCGUGAGCCAGGCCCCGGAGAGCAGCGCGGAUGGAUCCAACAUGGCGGCGCCAAGCCUGAGCCGAGAGAAGAGCCCUGGGAAAUUAAGUUUCUCGCAAAGAUCACUGUCGACUGCAGCCGCUGAGCAGAGAGUCUGGAGAGCACUCCAUUUCUGAGCCUCUAGCAUGGCGGGCCUAAAGAGGCGGGCAAGCCAGGUGUGGCCCGAAGAGCGUGGUGAGCAGGAGCAUGGGCUCUACAGCCUGCACCGCAUGUUUGACAUCGUGGGCACCCACCUGACACACAGAGAUGUCCGCGUGCUGUCCUUCCUUUUUGUUGAUGUCAUUGAUGACCAUGAACGUGGACUCAUCCGAAAUGGCCGUGACUUCCUACUGGCCCUGGAGCGCCAGGGCCGCUGUGACGAGACUAACUUUCGCCAGGUGCUGCAGCUACUGCGCAUCAUUACUCGCCAUGACUUGCUGCCCUAUGUUACUCUCAAGAAGAGGCGAGCUGUGUGCCCUGAUCUUGUAGACAAGUAUCUGGAGGAAACAUCAAUUCGCUAUGUGACCCCCAGAACCCUCAGUGAUCCAGAACCGAGGCCUCCCCAGCCCUCUAAAACAGUGCCUCCCCACUACCCUGUGGUGUGCUGCCCCACAUCGGGUUCUCAAAUGUGUAGUAAGCGGCCAGCCCGAGGGAGAGCCACACUUGGGAGCCAGCGAAAACGCCGGAAGUCAGUGACACCGGACCCGAAGGAAAAGCAGACUUGUGACAUCAGGCUGCGAGUUCGGGCGGAGUACUGCCAGCACGAGACUGCUCUGCAAGGCAAUGUCUUCUCCAAUAAGCAGGACCCACUUGAGCGCCAGUUUGAGCGCUUUAACCAGGCCAACACUAUCCUCAAGUCCCGGGACCUGGGCUCCAUCAUCUGUGACAUCAAGUUCUCUGAGCUCACCUACCUCGACGCAUUCUGGCGAGACUACAUUAAUGGCUCAUUAUUAGAGGCACUGAAAGGCGUCUUCAUCACGGACUCUCUCAAGCAGGCUGUGGGCCACGAGGCCAUCAAGCUGCUCGUGAACGUGGAUGAGGAGGACUAUGAGCUGGGCCGACAGAAACUCCUGAGGAACUUGAUGCUGCAAGCAUUACCCUGACCUUUCCCUUCUCACCUUUCUGGGGACUGUUCGCUCCGUCACCUCUGGAGCUGACCUACGUUCUGGGGUUUGUUCUCUACCCUUUCCAACCAAUCACACCGCCUUUUUUUUUUUUUUUAAA